AAGAGAGGAACAAACAUGAUAAACAGUUUGACACCCUCUCUCCGUCUCCAGGUGACCUCAGUGUGUGGGCUAUCUCUCCAGAAGAGAGGAACAAACAUGAUAAACAGUUUGACACCCUCUCUCCGUCUCCAGGUGACCUCAGUGUGUGGGCUAUCUCUCCAGAAGAGAGGAACAAACAUGAUAAACAGUUUGACACCCUCUCUCCGUCUCCAGGUGACCUCAGUGUGUGGGCUAUCUCUCCAGAAGAGAGGAACAAACAUGAUAAACAGUUUGACACCCUCUCUCCGUCUCCAGGUGACCUCAGUGUGUGGGCUAUCUCUCCAGAAGAGAGGAAGAAACAUGAUAAACAGUUUGACACCCUCUCUCCGUCUCCAGGUGACCUCAGUGUGUGGGCUAUCUCUCCAGAAGAGAGGAACAAACAUGAUAAACAGUUUGACACCCUCUCUCCGUCUCCAGGUGACCUCAGUGUGUGGGCUAUCUCUCCAGAAGAGAGGAAGAAACAUGAUAAACAGUUUGACACCCUCUCUCCGUCUCCAGGUGACCUCAGUGUGUGGGCUAUCUCUCCAGAAGAGAGGAACAAACAUGAUAAACAGUUUGACACCCUCUCUCCGUCUCCAGGUGACCUCAGUGUGUGGGCUAUCUCUCCAGAAGAGAGGAAGAAACAUGAUAAACAGUUUGACACCCUCUCUCCGUCUCCAGGUGACCUCAGUGUGUGGGCUAUCUCUCCAGAAGAGAGGAACAAACAUGAUAAACAGUUUGACACCCUCUCUCCGUCUCCAGGUGACCUCAGUGUGUGGGCUAUCUCUCCAGAAGAGAGGAAGAAACAUGAUAAACAGUUUGACACCCUCUCUCCGUCUCCAGGUGACCUCAGUGUGUGGGCUAUCUCUCCAGAAGAGAGGAAGAAACAUGAUAAACAGUUUGACACCCUCUCUCCGUCUCCAGGUGACCUCAGUGUGUGGGCUAUCUCUCCAGAAGAGAGGAACAAACAUGAUAAACAGUUUGACACCCUCUCUCCGUCUCCAGGUGACCUCAGUGUGUGGGCUAUCUCUCCAGAAGAGAGGAAGAAACAUGAUAAACAGUUUGACACCCUCUCUCCGUCUCCAGGUGACCUCAGUGUGUGGGCUAUCUCUCCAGAAGAGAGGAACAAACAUGAUAAACAGUUUGACACCCUCUCUCCGUCUCCAGGUGACCUCAGUGUGUGGGCUAUCUCUCCAGAAGAGAGGAAGAAACAUGAUAAACAGUUUGACACCCUCUCUCCGUCUCCAGGUGACCUCAGUGUGUGGGCUAUCUCUCCAGAAGAGAGGAACAAACAUGAUAAACAGUUUGACACCCUCUCUCCGUCUCCAGGUGACCUCAGUGUGUGGGCUAUCUCUCCAGAAGAGAGGAACAAACAUGAUAAACAGUUUGACACCCUCUCUCCGUCUCCAGGUGACCUCAGUGUGUGGGCUAUCUCUCCAGAAGAGAGGAAGAAACAUGAUAAACAGUUUGACACCCUCUCUCCCACCAUGGGCUACAUCUCAGGGGAGCGGGCCAGGAAGUUCUUCUUGCAGUCGGGUCUUCCCUCCUCGGUUCUUGCAGAGAUAUGGGCGCUGGCUGACAUGGGUAAGGAUGGGAAGAUGGACAGGUUGGAGUUCUCCAUCUCCAUGAAGCUCAUUAAGCUCAAACUGCAGGGCACGCCCCUUCUCCCAACUUUGCAAUCAUCAUGA